AUGGCGCACCUGCUGGGCAGCCAGUCCUGCAUGGACAGUCUGCGCAAGGACCUUACUGACCUGCAGGGCGCCAUCGUGGAUGUGUUCUCUCGAGCUGGGCCUGUGUGCUUUCCCUCCUGGAAGUUCCCUGACCGCGUGGCCUGCGACCUGGACAUGGUGGCCCUGCUAGAGCACUAUGACCAUGUGCCGGGUGACCCCGAGUUCACACAGCUGUCCCAUGCUGUUCUGCUGGAGCUGGUCAUCGACAGGCUCCUGCUGCUGCUUCAGAGCUGCACGAGCUUCUUGGAGGACCUUGGCUCAGAGCAAACAGUGCCCCCUACCCGGGCUGUGGGGCCCUGCAUGUCUGUGGGGCUCACGGUGCGGCGCUUCUGGAACAGCCUGCUGAGGCUGGGUGUGAUCUACCAGCAGGCAGCUCCCCAGAAAAGGGUAAACCAAGGGGAGAACCUCACCUCCAAGCCCACAGCCAAGGGCGAGCCAGCCAGGAGCCCUGAAUUUGUGACUGCCAAGUUCAUCAAGCCCCCCUCCCCGACGCCAGGCUUGCCCCAGACCUGCCAAGAGCUGGACAGCCUCCCCGUCAGAGUCUCCCCACGGUGUCCAGCCAGGACUGCCAAGAACAGGAGGAGCGUUCACUCCCAGACGGUGGAGACGGCCCUGGUGCCCUGUGAUGCAUGCACCAGCGUCCAGGGCAGCCUGCGGGAGGUGGGCAAGGCGCUCAUCAGCCUGUGUCAGAGCCAGAACUUGCCCUCGUCCUUAGGCCAGUUCCAGCAGCUGGUGCAGGACAGCAUGGGCCUCAGGCCGCUGCCAGCCGCCACCCUGGGCCACUGGGCAGCAGAGCAGAGCAAAGACCUGACCCGCCUCAGUAAGCACGUGGGGGCCCUCACUCAGCUUGUUGGACCACUCAGGGCCCAGCUGGAGGAGGCCGAGGGGCAGAAGGACGGACUGAAGCAGCAGGUGGGCCAGCUGGAGCAAGCACUGCAGCAGGAGCAGGGGGAGCGGCGGCGACAGGCGGACGAGGCCGCACGGCAGCUGGUGGAGUGGGGGCGCAAGAGGCAGCAGCUUCUCACAGAAACAAGUGACCUCAAGACGAAGGUGGCCACCCUGGAGGGGGAGCUGAAGCAGCAACAGGAAUCCAUGCAGGCCAUAGAGACAAAGGCCCGGCAGCUUCAAGAGGAGGCCGAGCGCAGGGCAGAGGCCGAGAGGCAGGUGCAGCAGCUGGAGGAGCAGGUGCAGCUGCUAGCAGGGCGGCUGGAUGGGGCCAGCCAGCAGAUCCGCUGGGCCAGCACAGAGCUGGACAAGGAGAAGGCCCGUGUUGACAGCAUGGUCCGCCACCAGGAGUCCCUGCAGUCCAAACAGCGAGCCCUGCUGCAGCAGCUAGACAGCCUGGACCAGGAGCGUGAGGAGCUGCGGGGCAGCCUGGACGAGGCCGAGGCCCAGCGGGCCCAGGUGGAGGAGCAGCUGCAGAGUGUACAGAGCGAGAGGGAGCAGGGGCAGAGCCAGCUCCUGGCCCAGCAGGAGCUGCUGCAGAACCUGCAACGGGAGAAGCAAGGCCUGGAGCAGGCCACGACGGAUCUGCGGCUGACCAUAUCGGAGCUGGAACGAGAGCUCGUGGAGCUGCGGGAACGGGAGCGGCUGCUGGUGGCCUUUCCAGACCUGCACAGACCCAUCGAGGCCCAGAUCCCAAGCUCCGGCAAUGUUACAGACGACAUGGAGAGGCAGGUACAGGCCAACGACAUCCGCAUCCGGGUCCUGCAGGAGGAGAAUGGGCGGCUCCGGUCUAUGCUGUCCAAAAUCCGGGAGGUAGCCCAGCAGGGGAGCCUCAAGCUGAUCCCCCAGGACCAGCUCUGGGCCCCUCCCAGCAAGGGAAUCCAGGGAACACUGUCCCCAGCCCAGGCCCAGAACGCAUCCCCAGGGCCCCUGGGCAGGUGGCAGCUGCCUAGCCGCAGGACAGCCAGCACGGGCAGGACCCUACCAUGCCAGCGCCGGGCAUCCCCACCUCAGCCAUCCUGCAGUCGGCCCGGCGGGUCCUCCCUGGAGGACAUGACCCACUCAACCAACUGUGCUCAGAACCCCAUCCGGGCCUUGGCCAGGCUGAGGAGGAGACUGUCACCAGGCCAGGGCCAGGCCAGCCCUGCAUACCAGCCCCAGGAGCGGCCCACGUAGCCUGCCGUGCAGUGGGGGCUGGAGGGCAGGUAACUGGCAACUUUCAAUGUAAUAAAGCGCCAGCCAUGUGCCCACAGCUCCCUUGGCCUCACAGCAGUGGCUGAGCCAGAGGCAGACUCCUUCCUUCCCCGUUCUGGGCAGGGACCACCGAGUCCCCAGCCCUGCAGGUCAUCUGCCAG